UCAAAUCCACCACCUGUUUGCCGUAUCUUGAGCACUGCUAGUGGUCAAAAUAAUCCUCACAUGAAAAUCCAACAUGGCGGCGCCCCUUAGGACAUUGUGUAGUACAGCUUUGAGGCAUUCCAGUCGUUGUUUUACUACGACUUGUGGGGCACAGGCUGGAAUCAAGUGGAGYACAGAAAAUGGUCUUGCCCGCAGUGGAACAGAGUAUGGCCCCCUGACAGAUUUCCCUGACUGGUCCUUUGCAGAUGGCCGGUCGGCAUCCCCACUGAAAGGACAGCUGAGGAGAAAGCAGGAGAGAGAGACGUUAGCAAGACGUGUAGUGAAUCUAAGCUCUGAGGUGGAUAAAGGGAUGGAAGUGUGGAGGGAGAAACGGGAAGAAGCUAAAAGGAUGGAGGAACGCAAUAAAUCUCUUCUGCUAAAACCCAAAGGGAACCUUUUAUUGAAGAAAAGUAAAUAAGAAAUCAUAUUUUCCGUUCUAGCUUACAUUACUUAUUAACAAAAUGGUGGAGUUGGUGUAUGGCUUUGUCUUGCUGUUAUUGUUUGUAGUACUUAUUUUGCCCUUUUCAAUGUUUUUCAAAAAUAAACUUUAAUGUAUAUCCACAA